AUGGCGAGCAUAUUUGAUAUCGCAAAGGACACAGUGCUGUUCCUCCUAUUGUCCUGUUACUACAUCCUCGAGUCGCUCUUCUGGACCUUAGUGCCUAAUGCUAUCAGGCCUUUGAAGAGCGUCAAAGGAGAUGUUGUCCUGGUUACGGGCGGCGGCGGCGGGGUCGGCCGCCAUCUUGCUAUGAAACUAGCGCGUCUCGGUGCCAACGUCGUCGUGUGGGAUAUCAACGAGGACGCUUUACAGAAAACUUGCAGUAACAUAAAGGACGAAGGUUAUGAAGUGGCAAGUUAUAUAGUGGAUCUGGCAGAUCGCGCCUCUGUCUACGCGACUGCUGAGAAAGUUAAGAAAGAGGUAGGCAAGGUGGACGUGCUGAUAAAUAACGCUGGGACUGUCUUUGGUGAAACUUUGUUGGAACUGAGUGAUAAUGCAAUAGAAACUACGUACAAAGUCAACAUCCUUUCGCAUUAUUGGACAGUGAAAUCGUUCUUGCCCGACAUGAUCAGGACGGGCAAGGGACACAUAGUGACGGUGGGCUCGGUGGCCGGACUGCUGGGCACUUACCGAUGCACCGACUACAGCGCUACCAAGUUCGCCACCGUCGGCUUCCACGAGAGCCUGUUUACCGAGCUCAGGGCGCACGGCCACAAUACGAUCCACGCGACCCUUGUAUGCCCUUACUACAUCAAUACGGGCAUGUUCGACGGCGUCACUCCACGUCUCAUGCCCAUGUUGGAGCCGGACUACGUGGCGGAGACCAUGAUAGACUCCAUCAGAAAGAACGAGGUGAACUGCAUUAUGCCGGGAUCCGUUAGAUAUCUUCUACCGCUGAAGUGG